GGGGCCGCAGCGCGCAUGCUCGGCGCGGGCGCCAUUUUGGUGGGGCCGGGAAUUAUCCAGCGGGAGCGGCGGAGCUCGCUGGGCCCGGCUCGGAGGCAGCGGCGAGUGGGUGCCGGCUGCGGAGAUGGCCAACAUCGCGGUGCAGAGGAUCAAGCGGGAGUUCAAGGAGGUGUUGAAGAGCGAGGAGGACAUAAAGAAUCUCCAUUAAUAGAUCCUCUCCUAAGGGAUGUCGCUGUCCGAACCAUGUGCCCCUCUGCAUCUACGAGCAAAAAUCAAAUUAAAGUAGAUCUUGUAGAUGAGAAUUUUACAGAAUUAAGAGGAGAAAUAGCAGGACCUCCGGACACACCAUAUGAAGGAGGGAGAUAUCAACUAGAGAUAAAAAUUCCAGAAACAUAUCCCUUCAAUCCUCCUAAGGUGCGGUUUAUCACCAAAAUAUGGCAUCCUAACAUUAGCUCGGUCACUGGGGCCAUUUGUUUGGAUAUCCUGAAAGAUCAAUGGGCAGCAGCAAUGACUCUAAGGACAGUGUUGUUAUCAUUGCAAGCACUGUUGGCAGCUGCAGAACCAGACGAUCCACAAGAUGCAGUAGUGGCAAAUCAGUACAAACAAAACCCAGAAAUGUUCAAACAGACAGCUCGACUUUGGGCACAUGUGUAUGCUGGAGCACCAGUUUCUAGUCCAGAAUACACGAAAAAAAUAGAAAACCUUUGUGCUAUGGGCUUUGAUAGGAAUGCAGUAAUAGUGGCCUUGUCUUCAAAAUCAUGGGAUGUAGAGACUGCAACAGAAUUACUUCUGAGUAACUGAGCCAUGUAAAGAGCUGCUUCUGUAGUCCAGCUUUCCCUUUCUGAGGAGCAUCACCAUCUGUUAUUUUUAGGAUUCUAUAUAGAUUCUCUUUUAAAACUGGCACUCUUGCCUGACGAUGCUAUCUAAGCACUAUUGGAGACUGAAAAACCGCUCUGUAAAUAAAGCUAAUUAAACGUCUGUGUAAAUUUAAAAGGGGAAAUACUUUAAUUUUUUCUUACUAAAUAUUGUAAAAAUUCUUUGAGCUCAGCUAAAACAGCAGGGGGGAAAACAUGCCUACUUUAGUGUUUAGCAGUGUGACCAAGCCUAGCAGGAAUUUGCUUCAGGAUUUUGAUUUAAUUAUUCGGAUAACAUUUUUGAGUGUCAAAGUCAUCAAAAUUGUUGGUGUCACUCACCACAGCUAUCUUACUGUUUUUAACAUGGAUCCUAUGUGCCUGUGGAUUGACCUAUAUUUGCAUGCUUGUACUUUACUAGACAUUUUAGAUAGGGUAGCUGAAGAGAGCACCAUUUAAGUACUUGAAUGUUCUUGUUAACUUUUUUCCUGAAAGCCGUUUCAAGAUUUACCCAAAGUUCAAAAUGGUGACCUGUUCAGAACCUCUUUCUUAGUCAGGUGACUGGGAAAUCUGCUUAUCUGCCCUCCCCAACAACACAAACCUAAAAUAUCAUUCUGGAUUCCUUUCCAUAAUCUGUGGGUCUGGGUGCCAUUAACAGUAGCUUAGUUGCCACUUUAAAUAGUAUAUUUUCAAUAACCAGUAAAUGUGUUUAACCAUCAUACUUGCUACACAAUCAUAUAAAGGUUUGGUAUGUUUGGACAUAGCACAAAAAAGUGGCGCUGCUUUUUUUGUGUGUGUGUGUGUGUGUGUGUGUGUAAUAUAGAAGUCAGAACUCCUUCAAUAAAUUUGGAUAAUAUGAACUCACUGGAUUUGGGGGAAGAACAACAGAUUCUCUAGUAUACUGAGAAUUAAAAAAAAAAUAUAUUGAAAUUUUUUUCUUCGAGUACUUGCUAUGAUGCAAUCAGCUGUUUUUUGCAACAGCUUUCUAGCUUUACUUUGAGCUUCAGUAUAAGGAUUGCUUACCAGGUACUUUAAAAAUUCACUCGUUUGCAUUUUUCCCUAGUUGAUACAUGGAGGCUGUGUUGGUAUUUUUACUGUACAUACUUCAAAUGCACAUAGAAGUAGAAGUGUGUUCUCAGUUUAACUUUCUUUUGGAUUGAUGUUUCUGAUAAACGAAAACUGAAAUUACCUUCGCUUGUACAUACUCAGUCUUUCUAUUCGUAUUAAAAUUACAUUUCAUCCUGA